GGACACACCGCGAGCCGCGCCGUGCGCCGCCAGGUGUCCGAGUGGCGACCACUCCGCAUCUCGCCUGCACGCUGCAGUGCCAGUCAGUAGUGUGCGCGUGCUGUUGCGUUCGCGACACCGCCGUUCUUUGUCAUCUUUAGUUUUUCAAACAAUACCUAAACCAGCACCUAAUUAAACAUGUAAAUUCCGACUAAGUUCUGCACUCGGUCAUUGAAGAAUAAUUUUAUAUUAUUCUUUAUAUCAGAUCGUAAAGAUAUAAUAUUAUAGAUUACGCGAGUGAUAAUGAUAAAAUCAUCGAUAACGAUUUUAUGUGCGUUAUUUCCUUGCAUCUCCACUCCUCCGAGGUGAACGUGGCCAAAUAGAUGGUGUUAUCAGGAGUGCUAAAAUUUAUCUGACAUUCGACUUCGUGUCUGUUUAUUUUAUUUAAAUAUUCGCGACUACCUAUGAACUUGAAUUCGUUGUGUGACAAAAAUGGUGAAAUGUUAUAGGGGAAGUGUAUCGUUAUCGGAUCUUUGGAUAUCUUCACAUGAGAAGUUGAGUGAUUUUCAAGCGUCGUCAUGGCAACGAGGGGAUUCACCGGUGCCACUGCUGGUGGUGCGAAUGUUGCUGGCCACUCUCGCUUUGGGCAUCCUCAUUUGGUCGGUAGUAACCUCGCCGACACCCUAUUGGUUGGUAUUCCUAACCAACUGGGGGCUGGUGCUGGUGGCUAUGAUGACCGUAAAUGGGCUGCUCGUAUCGUGUAUCGCUGUUGGGAAGACGACGUUUGAUGACAAAGAAUUGCCGUGGUACGUGAGCAUGUAUUGGCUGAUAUUCAACACCACCGUUACCAUCGCCAUCAUGAUCACAGCCCUUUACUGGAUACUGCUGUAUAACCCAGAUCCCGAGACUCCUCAUGAACCGCCGUCGUUCUGGCUGGACGUGUCGACGCACGCGUUCAACUCAUGCAUAGCCCUGGCAGACCUGCUAGUGUCGCGCACCCCAGUCCGACUACCGCACAUAUACCAACCUCUCGGCUUGGGUCUGUGGUACGUCGCAUUCUCGGUAAUUUACUACGUCGCCGGAGGGCUCGUAAAUGGUGAACCAUUCAUCUACGAAAUCCUUGAUUGGCGGCAAAGCAAACGCGCUGGGACCAUAGUGGGCCUCGCGAUGGUGGGCCUAUUGGCGCUGUACGUGAUACUGUGGGCCAUAGCACUGUGCCGGGACAAGAUAUCCACCUCUUACAUAAGGACCCGAGGCCAUGACCUGCCAACCGCGCCGCCCGACCGACACAUGGUCGUAUGAUACCGGAAGAAAAACGGUCGUGAUACCUAAUAGGAAAAUUUAUUUUUUACGAUUUAAUGGCUUUUGACAAAGCCUUUUUAUAUUGUUAUGAUAACGGCACUAGAUACUAAGUAUUAGCUAAUUUUUCCUGAUGUUUUAAUGUGUUUACGGAAUAUUCAGGACCUAUCCUUUUAAAGGGAAAUCACAGGAUUCUAUUACGUGAUUUUUAUUCCCUUUCACGCAAUUUUUGACAAAUUGUACAGUUGUAUGAGAGGUAUUUUCGGAAAGAGAUUGGAAACGUUUUGUAUAUUAUUAAUCUUAUACAUCAAAGUAUUCCAUUAAUCUCUGUAAAGUGUUAAUAAAACUGUAAAAACAUUA